UAAUUUGCUAAAAAAUGGCGGAUCCCUUGAGUUUGUUGCGGCAGUACAACAUAAACAAACGAGAAAUCAUCGAACGUGAUGGACAGAUUAUAUUCGGUGAAUUCUCCUGGCCAAAAAAUGUGAAGACAAAUUAUUUGAAAUAUGGUUCUGGCAAAAAGGCCGGACCACGAGAAUACUAUACGCUCGAGUGUUUGCUGUAUUUGCUGAAAAAUGUUUUGCUACAGCAUUCGGUGUAUGUGCGUCAGUGUGCCGCCGAGGAUAUACCCGCAGUCAAUCGUCCCGAUCGUAAAGAGCUGCUGGCCUAUCUGAAUGGCGAAACCAGCACCUGUCCCAGCAUUGAUAAAAGUGCACCCCUUGAAAUACCCACUCAGGUGAAACGUCCCGCCGAUGGUGAUUCAGCCGGCGGUGAGGGUCUGGCCAAAAAGGCCCGCUUCGAAGAUACCCAAGUGCAAAAGGUACGUGAACAAUUGGCUGCGCGCUGGGAUGUCAACAAAAAAGAGGCCACCGUCAAUAUGGACAACAUCAAGUCGUUGUCCGAAACAAUGUCAGUGGAAAAAAUUGCCGCCAUUAAAGCAAAACGUUUGGCCAAUAAGAGAACAACCAUUAAACGUUCCGAUAAUGAGGAUGCCAUGGCCACAGAUUUGCGAGCAAUUUUAGAUUUUGAUGUUGAUUCGACAAAGGAUAUUAUAAGUCGUGAACGACAAUGGCGUACUCGCACCACAAUACUACAAAGUACUGGUAAAAUAUUUGCCAAGAAUAUUUUUGCCAUUCUUCAGGGUAUAAAGGCGAGGGAGGAGGGUCGCAAUCGGCCCAUACAACAGAAUCCAAUUAAAAUGCCCGAACCGGCGAGAAUUAAUAAACCGCAACCACAGCUAACACAAUAUAAUCGUUACGAUCAGGAAAGAUUUAAUCGACAAAAGGAGGAAACCGAGGGCUUCAAAAUCGAUACUAUGGGUACCUAUCAUGGUAUGUCACUGAAAUCUGUAACUGAAGGAUCUCAGGCCCAGCGCAAGGCACAAAUGACACCACAAAUUGGCCGCCCCAAGGAACUAUUGCCCACGGCACAGGCCCGCCAGGUAGCACCCACACCACAAAAACGUGUAUCACGUACACCCAUCAUUAUUAUACCCUCGGCUAAUACUAGUCUCAUAACCAUGUACAAUGUUCGUGAUAUAUUGCAAGAUUUGAAAUAUGUUAGUACCGAUGAAAAGAAACGGGCUGGCUGUACCAGAGAUAAUGAAGUACUCUUGCAGCGCAAGAAACAAAAUAUGACGGUACCCUAUCGUGUCAUUGAUAAUCCACAAAAAUUAACUGCCCAAGAUUGGCAACGCGUUGUUGCCGUAUUUGUUAUGGGACCUGCUUGGCAGUUUAAGGGUUGGCCCUGGGAUGGUAAUCCCGUUGAAAUUUUCUCCAAAAUUUGCGCCUUUCAUUUGCGUUUCAGUGAACUUAAGUUGGAUGCCAAUGUGGCCAAAUGGUCUGUUACACUACUGAAUCUAUCACAGAAUAAACGGCAUUUAGAUCGGGCAGUAUUAAUGACAUUUUGGGAAACAUUGGACAAAUAUAUGGCAAAAUAUAAAGCUGACUUAAGAUAUUGA